GGGGGCCAUUACUGAUACUCCGAAAAGAUAAUAGCCUAGUACUCAAGGUAACAAUCUGUAAAUCUGUAAAUGAUUUUGUUUGUCCCUUAAGCCCAAACUGUGGUGGGUCCCAGAAAGACACGUGACCAUGCCACAUGGUACUGAAAACGGUCUUGCGUGAGCUAUUUUUCCAUGGGGAUAGGGAGACUAAACAAAGGAUUCCUGCCCUCGGGAAAGUCUAUAUAAGGGAUGGAAAGCAAUCAGGGCUUUUGACUUCAGCUGGCUUUUCAAAUUGCCUCCCCACUUUAAGUGCAUACACUGAAGAAACUUGAAAACAAAGAACUCUAAAAACACAAGGAGCUGUAGACCCAGGCCAAAGGGGAAAAAAUCAACUAUGCCUUGAAGCAUUUUACUUGAAACAGGGACAAGGGGAUCUCGGCACAGCUUUUCCCAUAGAAACUAACCUGUGCUAAUGAUGGCUGCCAGCCUAAAGGUUGCAUUGCUUGCCUUAUGGACCCUUUUCUUUUCAUGUGCUACAUAUCACAUUAUGGCAACAGGGAACCCACAGAUGUUUGAGUGCAUCACUGACUAUCACACGGAGCUCGUUUGUCACUGGGAAGCGGCUGCACAAAUGAACUGCUCCAAGGAAUUCAAGCUUCAUUACAGGAUAGAAGAGUUCUCAGCACUGUAUAACACAUGCAUCCCUGAGAAUGAAAAAAGCAGGAGCAUGAACUUCACUUCCAGCUGCACUUGUGUAAUUCUGCCUGAAUUUUUCACAGCAGGCCUCUCAUAUCAUAUAGUGCUGCAGGACAGUAAGACAGUGCUAUGGAAUGACACUGUAAUGCCAGCAAAUAAUAUUAAACCAAAGCCCCCAAGAAAUCUUACCGUGAAUAAGAGUGAAAAUGAUAACAUCUACGUUGUGAGUUGGACUGAGAGUUACAGCAAAGGGGACGAGCUCCAUGGAGAGGAAGUAACCUAUGAAGUCAAAUACUGGAACAAGCAGAAUCCAGAAGAGAAGUUUAUAGAACCGCUUUCCUACCAAACAACAAGCUUUGACAUUCUUGCAACGCAGUUGAGGCGAGGGUAUGACUACCUUGUAAGUGUACGGUGCCUCUAUCCAGAGUAUCGCAGUCUCUGGAGUGAAUGGAGCAAUGUAGCUGAAUUCCACAAUAAUUAUGAAGUAACUUUAGAAGAUAGUCUGCAGAAGAUUGUUUCCAUAUCCUGCAUGCUGAUCACAGCUCUGAUUUUAAUUUGUUACUUCUGUUUUGCCACAGUUAAGAAGGAAUGGUGGGAUCGGAUCCCAAAUCCAGCGAAGAGCCAUCUGGUUGUAAAGAAUGUCAAGGCGGCUCAGUUUUCAGUCUGGAGGAAAAUGAUGUCCAUUGAUGAAAUUAAGGCACCUUUCCAUGACGGGAAACAGACUCAUAUGGAAAACCAGCGAUGCUGUAAAAUCUGUCUUGCAAAAUAUGCUGAACACCAAAGCUUGAUGGGGGGAAAUUAUGUAAAAAGUGGUGAGAAACCCUGCAGUUGUCGGAAUAAAUGUGGAAAGUGGCUCCCAGAAGAGCAUGAGGCUGUUCUAAUUCCAGAGAUCAUUUUGGUUGAAGAUUCUCUUGAAGUUUGUGAGUAUUCAGCAAACCCUGAAAUUGAGAGCCAUGAGGACGACCCAGCUCAGAUCCCCGUGUGUCAGCCUUGGGAGACCAGUGCUAAUAGCUUUACAGAACACACUCAACACAAUGAUGCACUUGCAAAUAUGUUUAUUAGGAUUCUAAAAUGUGGAACCAAUACACAUGACACUGAACUCCCAGAUUUUAUAGAAGAGCAUAAAGCCAUUGGGGACUCUGAAUCAGCAAAUUCUUCACUGCAGACACCAAAAGAAAAUGUAGUCCAGGAUCAACAGUCAUGUGAUACUUCACACACUUGCUCCUUUUCCUCUACAACCUCUCAGGAUGACUACAAGUGUGGGGCAGCUAGCACAAAGUCAGUGCAAUCGGAAGAAUCUUUUGAAUCUGGUUAUCAAAGUUCUAAUACAGAUACUGCUUUUCCUGAGGAAAAGAAUCUUCCAGAUAUGUUGCAUCAAAGCCAUUUUCUUUGCGGUUCUGAAACUCAGCAUGACGUGUUGAUUAAAAAAUCACCAAAUGCUCCUUCCUCUGAGAUCAUCAAAGACGGAAUAAAUAGUACAGCAUAUAAGAGCUUCAGCAGCCUCAUGACUCAGUCCACGGGGUCUUGUAGCCCAGAAUAUAAGAGCUUCAGCAGCCUUGUGUCUCAGGCUGUGCUUAGCAGUAGCCUGACUCAGUGUUUGGAAAACCCAAGCUCUUCACUGUCCUUAACAGAGUUUUCAGAGAGUCAAGUACUUCCCUGCAGCAAACAAGGCCAUCGACCUCUGGGCCAUCCAAGCAGUUACACCAGCCAUCAAACUGACUGCACUGAGUCUGCUUGUCAAACCACCUGUUCAGGAGACAUAGACUUUCCAUGGUUUUCUUUCUAUGGUCACGAGAAAGUUUCGUUUUUCCUGCCAGAGAAAGAAUUACACAAGCAAAUAACAUGUCAAAAUGUUCCAGAAAAAGCAGUUGCAAUUUCCUGUCUCUCUGUACCUAAUCCAUCUAGUUAUCAGCCUUUUGCUCUUGCUCUUGCACACAAUAAUACGUACUGUGACCAUAACAACGAGAUUAGUUCUGAGUCACCUUAUAAACCCUUUAUCAGCCUUCUAAACAACAAUCUCAAAGGAACACUUUCAGCUAUCUCUGUGUGUGACUCUGACAUGAGAUAGACUUGUCAGACUUUCUAUACCAUUGACUCAGAUGUUACCACAGACUUUGCCUUUUGUCUGAGUUCAGAAGAGGAUCUCACACAAAACAGCAGUGACAGCCCUUAGAUUAUUGGAUAUAAUGAACCUUGUAGUGAUAGUGAAAAUGUAGGCACCAUGGGAGUGAAAAAGUUACUUUGGUGUUUAGAUUCCAGCUCUCAGGGGAAGACUGGGAGGACCAUAAAGGAGACAAAAAUGGUACUUCUGCCUGUGCAGAGGAACGGACACAAGAGAGUAAUAAUAACAUGCCAUGUCUGCUUUUGCUAUGUCAUCUGAGGACAUCUGUAAAUGCAGAAGAAAGUGCAGCACAAGUACAGAGUAUUGUGAACCUGGGAAGUGGCUGUGCAGUUAAUUUAUCAAGAGUUACUGAACCACAGCUUUACUGUAUCUAACCCAUCCUCGGAAAGAAAUCAAACCUCAGAGCCCCUGAGCUCAGCUGAGUUGCCAUUGGGUGGAUCCUUUGUGGAAAGCUGCUGUUCAGGAAUCUGUUGUUCUCAUUCUUGCUCCAUUCUGGGGGAGGGAUUGAACAUGUCACUUUUCAUGGGAGUCACUAAGGCUGGUUGGUCCUAGACCACUAGCCCUUAAACAGACACGUUGCCCUUUUAUAGAAGUCUCUAUGUCGGCCCCCUCAUGGCUGCAUGCAAAGGUCAGCACUAUCUAGGCCUCAGUAACUGCAUUUACGAGGGUCAGUUUCUGAUCUGUUACCUUAGUGGGACUCUGUAAUACCGCUGUGGAAGUCAGUGGAGUUACUCCAGACAGGUAUCCAUGUAACUGAGAUCAGGCAUUUUUAAGCUGUGUGCACCCCACACGCCUGGCUAGUUGAGGAUCAAACUCCCUAAGCUGCAUGUGUUUUCCACCAGACACCUGUAUGUGUCCAGGAUGUAGGCUAGAAAGGGUUGCAGCUGGGGUCAUAUGACCCUUGGGGGAUAUACAUCCAAAGGAUUCCUCUCAGACUCAGAACUACUUGAGCACAGUAGUAUAUACUCUGAGGCUACGUCUAGACUGCAUCCCUCUGUCGACAGAGGGAUGCAAAUCAAGCACCUUGAAAUUGCUAAUGAAGCAGGGAUUUAAAUAUCCUG